AUGCGAAGGCACGUCGUCAAGGUCACACGAGCAGGAGGAAGGCACCGGAAGGAUCGAGCUGGUGCUCAGCAGCCAUCAAGUGAAGUCGAUGGCCGUAGCAUCUCCAGCGAGAAGGACGACUAUACUGCAACCUCACAAUCUCGAAGGAUUGCUACAGUCAGUGGAAAGUUCAAGGGAUAG